AUGCCGUCGACACCCCGCGACGAUCAACUUGGAGUGCCGUCGUCGGCCCCGACCUCUCGUCGACGGAUCUGGUUUGUCCUGGCCGCGGUCGUCGUCGUGUGCGGCGCCGUCAUCGCGGCCCUCGGCGCGUACUUUGUGUACGUGAACAAGGUCGACAAUCAAGCCAAGACGAUUCUGUCCAACCUGCAAAGUACACCUGGCAUUUACGUCACACUCACGGCAAAACGGGACAGCAUGAAGUUCCAUGGGGCGUCGACGGCGGAAGCGUACGUCUUCCCGCGUGGCACGGUCGACGGGACGCUCUCGUUUGACGGGAUGGUGACAUUUCGGAACGACGUGGUGACCACAACGUUUACGCUGCUCAACGAUCGAGUGUACUUGUCGACGGCGUCGGCGACCUCGGGGGACGUCCUGGAAGUGACGUGCCUGAAACCAUCCCAAGUCCCCCCCAUCCACCUGAUGGCGUACAGCCUGACGACGUCGACCGUCCUCGACGAAGUCAAGGGGACCGACCCAACGUUGUGCCCGUCGGGCAAGUUGCUUCAGCUGUCGUUCGCUGGUGAAAGCUUUGUGUUUUGCAAUGGGCUCGACAACAAGCUCCAGCGCGCCACCAGCGACGACUUAGACGUGGUCAUUCAAUAUGUGUCGGAUCCGACGAAAUUGCCCGAUCUCGCUGCGCCGUCGGGUGCGAAUGGUACCGCUCCGCUGGACUGCCCCAUCGUCGUGCCCACCGACGUCCCGGUGGCCCCCGUCCCUUCGUACGUCGAAACCGCGUCCAUGGUGCUCAACGCUGCAACGGGGCCGACGCGGUCCUUCACGAUCAAAACAUCGUCGUGCGAGUGCCGCCGAUCGCCGCAGCCUUGUCUGUUUGUGCACGGCAUCGGUGUCUCGACCAGUGGGCCGAUCGUCGACUCGUUUGAAAAGUACUGGGGCACCAUCCACGAGUACGCCCCGUGCUGCUCCAGUACCAAGUUCGUUCAGUUCGACACAGUGUCCCAAGGCUGGACCGACCCGACGUUGCAGAAAGCGUUUUGCAAUGCCGCGCUGCAGACGAGUCGCGGGGCGAAGCAAAACACCGUGGGCAGCUUGAUCCUUGUUGCCCACUCGAUGGGUAACCUUAUUGCGGGCGGCGCCGUCGCGAGCGGCAUGUGCCAAUUCAGCUCGGAGGUGACUUGGAUGUCGCUGUCUGCCCCGAUGCAAGGCAGCCAAACCACCAACCUCCUGUCGACCAAAUGCGCUGCGACCAACAACUGGUCUGACCAAGGGUUCGCCGCCGUGCUGGGGCUGGCAGGGCUGUGUCCUUCUCCUCGUGCUUAUGUCCAAUUGCAGCACCAAACGACGGUGGCCUCGGACAUGCAGUCCAAGUAUUUGCAGGCCCAAGCUGUCCGACGUGCCCGCGCCGCCCACGUCCUCUGUGGCACGGACUCGUUUGGGCUCGUUUCGGCCAUGUCGAUCCCGCUUGCGGUCGUCGGUGCAAUGUCGGGGCACAGCGACCACGUGCAUGAUGGCGUGGUGGACUUGACGAGCUGCAUGGCCGGCAUCAGCGGCGAUGGCGUGGGCGAUGACUCGUCCAAUUUCCAUUAUAUGGCCGCUGUGAACCAUCUCGACACGUCGUUCCGAUAUGGAGAUGGCUGGUGGGGCUAUGACCGCAAGCCCCAAAAGUGGUUUGAAUGUGCCUUGUAAGGUCGCCUAGCGACGUAAAGAAUGCGUGACGUUUGAGUGGAA